AUGGAUGCCACUCACUCCAUGUUCUGUAACAAUGAUCUGGUUAACCCCCUAAGCUCAAUGGGCAUGCAGGUGUCCUGCAUUCUUGUUGUGUCACACGUCUUCAACGUUGUGUUUAGGACUGUGGGUCAACCUGGACCAAUUGCACAAAUUCUGGCUGGGUUGGCGCUAGGUCCAAUGUCUCAUAUUGAGUAUAUAAAGGCUACAUUCUUUCCUGCUAGUUCAAUAAAUUACUAUGAAGUUGUGAGCUUCUUCUGUCGCAUAAAUUUCAUGUUUUUGUUUGGGUUAGAGAUGAAUAUGCACUACACAUUGCGCAAUCUGCGUAGGGUCAGCUUAGUAGCCUGUGGUGGUGCUCUAAUGGGUGGUCUUUUUGGUCUAUCUGUCUCAUUUUACUUGCAUCAAGAACUAAACACCAUUGACAAUGCCCCUUUGUAUUAUUUUUGCAUGAUCAUCAUGCUAGUGGUGUCAUACACAAGCUCCCCUAUGGUGAUUCGUUUGUCAGCAGAGUUGAGGUUUGCAGCAUCACACGUGGGGCGAAUGGCGGUGUCGUCUGCAUUGAUCACAGAAAUGGGGUGCUUGUUGUUCUUCAAUGUGAUGGUUAACUGGAGAAAACCAAAUCAAAUUUCUUCUGGUUUUGGUUGCAUUAUAAUCACUGUCGCGGUGGUUUUCAUAAACAGGCACUUAGCAGUCUGGUUAAACGCAAGACAUAGAAACCAGAAGUACCUCAAGGCUCCUGAAUUGUUACUCAUUCUGUUUCUGCUUCUGACUUGCGCAAUGAUAAUAGAAAUUUGGGGUUACAACAGUAUUAUCAGUUGUUUCAUCAUUGGUUUGUUGUUCCCUAAGGAAGGGAAAACAGCUAGAACAUUGCUGCACAAACUUGGUUAUUCUAUUUACAACUUUGUGCUUCCAGUAUAUUUUGGCUACUUAGGCUUGCAGUGUGACCUGAUAAAUGUCUUCAGGAGCUUGCAGCGUACGGCCAAUAUGGCCAUAUUGAUAUUAUUGAGCAUUGCAAGCAAGCUUGGUGGCACUCUUAUGAUUUGCCGCUACCUUAAAAUUCCCACAAGUGAAGGAAUUUUUCUUGGCUUCAUAUUGAACACUAGAGGCUAUGCUGAUCUUCUGUUCAUUGGUGCAGCAGCCAAGCAAGUGAUUACAUUUGAUUCAGACGCGUACAAUGUUCUGUUGGUAUCAAUAGUACUUAACACAAUAAUAUCAGGAGUAAUUGUGGCUUUUCUAGUGAGAGGGGAAGACAAAAUGUUUGCAAACAACCACACUGCAAUUGAACCACAACAAAUGGAAGAUGAACUUCGAAUUCUGGCAUGUGUGUACGACCCUCGUCAGGUAUCUGCCAUACUUGCCACAGUACUAGCAAUACAUGGUUCCACAUCAUCACCAUCUACCACUUUCUUAAUGCACCUAAUAGAGCUUGUGAAGAAGAUCAAGUCCAACCUGUUAUACCAUGAGAAAGAAAAUGCUGACCUUAGCGACGACGAGGACUAUGGUGGCAAUGAUGUGGUGGAAAUCAACAACUCCUUGGAUACGUUCACUUCAGAAACAAAGAUUCUAGUCCACCAAAGAAGGGCAGUGUCUUCUUUCCCAUCCUUGUAUGAAGAUGUGUGCAAUGAAGCAGAAGAUCUCCAAGUGUCAAUUGUGCUACUCCCCUUCCACAAGCACCAACGCAUUGAUGGGAAAUUGGAAAGUGGAAAAGAGGGUAUAAGGAUCACGAAUCAGAAGGUGCUAAGACAUGCCCCUUGUUCAGUUGGUGUCAUAGUAGAAAGAGGCCUUGCAAGGGUACCCGGCUUCUCACAACUAGUAGCAUCUGAAGCCAUACAAAAUAUUGCAACACUUUUCUUUGGUGGCCCCGAUGACCGUGAGGCUAUUGCAUGGAGCCUACGCAUUUCAGGAAGUCCACGUGUGAACUUGACAAUCAUAAGAUUUUUGUUGAGUUCUUCAUCACAGAAUGAACAGAUCGAGAGUGGACAAUCUGAGGACAAAGAGAUUUUGAUGUCACUGUCUGGGGAGGAGACAGUGAAUGAGAUUGACAACACCUUCAUGGUUGACUUCUACAACAGGUAUGUGACUUCAGGCCAUAUAGGGUAUGUGGAGAAGUUUGUGAAGAAUGGAGCACAAACAGUGGAUUCUUUGAAAGAGAUAGGAGACAUGUACUCUUUGUUUAUAGUAGGAAAAGGUGGUAGAGGACAGAGUUCACUCACAAUUGGUAUGAGUGAUUGGGAAGAGUGUCCGGAACUUGGUACAGUUGGUGAUGUCUUGGCCUCUUCAGACUUUGAUAUUCAUGGCUCAGUUUUGAUUGUUCAACAACAUAGAGAUGCCAAGAAAGGCCUAUUGCAUGAUUAG